UGUAGAUCCAUCUUUUCUCGUAAAGUUGUCUUACUGCUAUAUCAACCGCCUUUAAAGCUGCAAUCAUGUCCAGCCUGGAGACUGCGAUGGCCAUCCUGAUGAAGACCUUUGAUACCUAUGCUGCUGCUGAGGGCCGGAAGGAUUCGCUGAGCAAAGCCGAAGUCAAGACUCUGCUGGAGAAAGAGAUGCCUGGACUGCUGCAGGCGGCGAAAAACCAGUCUGAGGUGGACAAGCUGAUCAAAGGUCUGGAUCUUAACGGAGACUCUGAGGUCGACUUCAGUGAAUUUGUGGUGUUGGUUGCUGCUGUGACUUGCGCCUGCCAUGACCGCCGUUCUUGUAAAUGAGAACACCCCAAAGUGGGGACGAAUGGCACCAACAGUGGGAUGAAGUCCCUGCAGUGACUGUCCUGUUUAACAUCUGAAAUAAAUUAUUUUCUAACCAUU